GGAAAGGGGAGGCAGAGGAGGCGGAGGCAGAGCCCGCGCUUGAGCCCGAGCCCGAGCCGGGCGCCGAGACCGAGCGACAGAGCGGCGGGGCUGGGCCACGCAGAGGCGGCCUGGCGAGUCCUCCCGCGACCCGAGCCAGGUCCCUGAGAGCCGGGCCCCGGACUGGCCCGGGAGUCAGGAGGAGCGCCAAAGCAGAUCCCGAGUAAGGCUUUCCUCGGCCUCCGACGAGGACUGGCCCUUUUGAAGGCGCGUCCUCCCAACAGCUGGACCAGACAGGCCACCAUGACCGAGAACUCCACAUCCACUCCUGCGGCCAAGCCCAAGCGGGCCAAGGCCUCCAAGAAGUCCACAGACCACCCCAAGUAUUCAGACAUGAUCGUGGCUGCCAUCCAGGCGGAGAAGAACCGCGCUGGCUCCUCGCGCCAGUCCAUCCAGAAGUACAUCAAGAGCCACUAUAAGGUGGGUGAGAACGCCGACUCGCAGAUCAAGUUGUCCAUCAAGCGCCUGGUCACCACUGGGGUCCUCAAGCAAACCAAAGGGGUGGGUGCCUCAGGGUCCUUCCGGCUGGCCAAAAGCGACGAGCCCAAGAGGUCAGUGGCCUUCAAGAAGACGAAGAAGGAAGUCAAGAAGGUGGCCACGCCAAAGAAGGCAGCCAAGCCCAAGAAGGCUGCCUCCAAAGCCCCAAGCAAGAAGCCCAAAGCCACCCCAGUCAAGAAGGCCAAGAAGAAGCCGGCUGCCACACCCAAGAAAACCAAAAAACCCAAGACUGUCAAGGCCAAGCCGGUCAAGGCAUCCAAGCCUAAGAAGGCCAAACCAGUGAAGCCCAAAGCCAAGUCCAGUGCCAAGAGGGCCGGCAAGAAGAAGUGACAAUGGGGCUUUUCUUGUGGACACUCCUGCCUGUCUCCUAUUUUCUGUAAAUACUUUUCUCUUUUCUUCUCUCUUGAUCUUCUGCAGUCCUUUGCCCCUUAUUUGGAUGCCUCAGAAAUUAGGGAAUAAUCAUUUUUCCUUAACCAAUCGUGCAAGGACAGCAACCACAAAUCUCAUCUCUAAUGAUGAGAAUGUACUUAUAUUUUGUUUCGUUGACUUGUUAUUAAUCUACUUAAUGGGUUUAGGGACUUGGGUGGGUUUGUGUGUUUUGUUUUGUUUGGUUGGAUGGUUUGUUCAUUAGGAAGGUAAAGGGGCAGGAGGGAAUGGGCAAGGCCGUUCAUUCGGACUAGAAGAGGGGGAUCCUGGAAAUGGUAAGGUUUGUAGGAGUAGCUUUAAGGUGAGCCAGCCUUCUCUAGGUUGCACACCGCUUGUGAGAGUUCCAGAACUUUGGUGGGGAAAGGGGAGGGGUGGCAGCAGCUGGAUGGCGAAGGAGGGAGUGGGAAAAAAAACCCUCUCUAGGCUGACUUCCACCUUCCAAUACUGAGCGGUCUCACUGUUUGAGUGCUCCUGUGGCCUCCCUAUUGUCCUAGGGAAGGGAAGGGGGGGGUGUCCGAGUGACAGCUGGUCUGAGAAGCUGUCUUAGCGGCUUUUUUCAGUCAGCUGGAAACUAGCCAUUGGGGGGGUUUUGUGGCUUCAGAAAGUCUCAUGUAAUCGGGAGUGGAAACUUUGGGGGAAGGGUGGGGACUCAGUCAGCCAAGUGCCUCAGUGUGCCCUCUGAAAAGUUGGGUUUUUCCACACAAUUGGAUUGUAUCAUAGGAGGACUUCUUUCCUUUUCCCCUGGUUUUUGGUUCCUCCUGUGUAAGAAAGAUUGGUGGUUUGGCCUGGUGGCCUGGUGGGGCUCCAGCCUUGCCACCUGCCACUUAAAAACCUCCCGACCUCUUUACUUUUGAGUCUUUUAUAAAAGUAGCUGUAGAUGGGGGACGGGGGAGUGGGCGGGGAGUGGACAGUAAGACAUACUGCAGUUGAUUUUGAAUUGCUAAGUAGUUUCACAGAGCUAGGUCUGUGUGUAUGUGUGUAUAUGUAUAUAUACAUAUCUAGAGCUAGUACUUAACGUUUCACGCCCGGGAGCUGGGAGAAAAAACCUGUACAGUCGUCUUUUAUUUUUAAUAAUAUGGGAAAAUACGCACUUGUGCGUGGUCCACCCCCCUCCUUUUUUUUUUUUUUUUUUUCUUUUUUUAAAACAAGUGUUACUUGUGCCGGGCAGAAUUUGGCUGUCUUUGUAAUUUUAAAAACUUUAAAAUAAAAUUGAAAAAUGAAACCUGA